CCGAUCUGGCAGCCCUGCAUAGAUAAGGCCCCCGUACGGCAAGUUUCUUAACAUUUCGGCUUAACGUGCUUAAUUCAUAUAUUAAAAUUAGACACCCACGCAAGUGACGGCGCCCGCAAUGACAACGCCCACUCGUGCCACCCUCGAGAAGGCCCUGAAGAGUGACGGAAAGCUCCAGAAGGCCGCCGUCCAUAUAGUCAAGGAUCUGACGGAUGGCGCCUAUGACAUAUCGGUGCUGGCGGAGCAGUUGGGCUUUGCCCUGACGUCACAGGACACGGAUGAGCGGGUGGCUGGCACCAAUCUGUUGUCCACUGUGCUGGUCGCCCUGCCUGAGGAUCUGCUCCAGGAGCAGCAACUUGAGUUCCUAGCCACCUUCUACAUAGACCGACUACGCGAUCACCAUAAUGUGAUGCCAGCCAUUAUCGAUGGCAUUGGGGCCCUGGUCCAUAUGAAGGCUCUGUCGCCUUCGCUUGUCCCGAGAAUUUUGAAGUCCUUUUUCGAGCAUACCACCUGCCAGUCGCAGACUCGGGGCGAUCGCACCAAGUUGUUCAACAUUUUCAAGUACCUGACGCUCAACUUUAAGAAAGAGCUCCAGACGAUGGCUGGCGAUUUUGUGUACGGCCUGAUCAACUCAAUUGACGGCGAGAGGGAUCCCCGAAACCUGGACAUAAUCUUCAGCUUCAUGCCAGAGUUCAUGUCCACAUAUGAACUAUUGCACUUGGCGGAGGAGAUGUUCGAGAUCUUUGCCUGUUACUUCCCCAUCGAUUUUAAUCCCAGCAAACAGGAUCCGGAGGCGAUAACUCGAGACGCGCUGGCGGCCAAGCUGACCAAUUGCCUGGUGGCCAACAACGACUUUGCGGAGUGGACAGUGGUGCUGGCUGUGGAGAAGCUAGAAAGCGAGCUGUUGGUAGCGAAACUGGACUCUAUAGAACUACUGCACCAAGCUGCCUUGAAGUUUCCCCCCUCUGUUAUAGAACCGCACUUCGAUCAGAUUUGGCAGGCUCUGAAAGCGGAGACAUUCCCUGGAAACGACAACGAGGAGGUGCUUCGGGCUUCACUCAAGGCUAUUGCGGCUCUGCUGGAGCGCGCCUCGCACGUGCCCGACAUCAGUCACAGCUAUCAGAGCUCCAUUUUAGGCGUGAUCCUGCCCCAUCUCAGUGAUGUGAACCAGCGCUUGUUCCACCCAGCCACCGGAAUUGCGCUGGUUUGCGUGGCGGGUGAUCCGCAGUACGCAGCUGACAAGAUCCUCAACAGUUUUUUGCUCAAGCUCCAAGCCGCGGAUGUGGCCAGCGAACAGAAGGUCAAGAUCUAUCACAUCAUCAGCCAAAUUUAUAAACUAUCCGCCGCGAGGGAUUCUCUGCAAAAGCUGGAUACAACGAUACGGGAAUCUCUGCAGGACGACGCGAUCGCCUCAUUGCGGCAGAUUGAAAGAGAGGAUUUCGACGCCAAGCAGGAAGACCUAGAGCUGCAAAAGGCGGCACUCUCCCUGCUGAACGAGAGUGCUCCUGUGCUCAGCGAGAAACAGCGAGCGCUUGUUUACAAGGCAUUGGUCCAGCUGGUUAGCCACCCUUCCAUCGAUCUGGACUUCACCCCACUGACAGUCAGCUUGGGGGCUCUGCAGCCGGUGGAACUGCAGUCGAACUUUAUCGAUCCCUGCGUUCGCAACUUUGAGAUCUUUUCCAACUUCAUUAAGCGAAAGAUCUACGUGAACCUGUUGCCCCUGCUUCCUCAGAUGGCAUUUACCCAACGAAUUCUGGAGCUUAUCAUGACGCAGUUAUUCAAGAACGAUACUCCCGAGGAUGUGCGACUGCUGGCUCUGGAGGCUUUGAACAAGGUGCUCUCCCAGGAGGAUCAGCGCUUCAUCGUAGACCUGCAGCAGGAGUCGAACCUGCUGCACAAGCUCAUCGAUCUGGGCCAGCGGACGGAGAAGCUUUCUCUGCAGUCCCUAGAACAGAUAGCUGGAGCUCUGAGUAGAAUAACCCAGCAGCUGCCCCUUUCGGAGCAGAGCGCCAUCGUUAGCGAGUACCUCCCUGGACUGAACCUAAGUGUUUCCGCCGAUCUUUAUGUUGCCAAGGGCCUACUCGGCUACUUGCACAAGGACAUCAGCCUGGACGACCACUUUGAGCGGCUGCUGAGCGAUCUCACCCAGCUCUCGCUCAGCACAGACAACGAGCAGCUGCGUGUGAUCGCUCACCACCUGCUCUGCAGCCUGGUUAACAAGAUGGAAAGCAGUCCGGAGAACCGGUCGAAGGUUAAGAAGAUCACGCACCAGCUGAAGGAGGCGAUCAAGAAGGGCGACGUACGGGCGGUCGAAAUUCUGGCGUGGGUUGCCAAGGGCCUGGUAGUAGCUGGCUUUGACGAGGCCGCCGAUAUCGUUGGGGAUCUCUCUGAUCUGCUAAAGCAUCCCACUCUGAGCACAGCUGCUGCGCUGGGUUUCGACAUCAUUGCGGCCGAGUACCCAGAGUUGGAUCUGCCGGUGGUCAAGUUCCUCUACAAGCAAAAGCUCUUCCACACUAUUAUGGGAAAGAUGGGCGGAAAACUGGCCAACUACUGUGUGCAUCACCUGAAGGCCUUCGUCUAUGUGCUGAAGGCCACGCCGCAGGCUGUCAUCAAAAUGAACAUCGAACAACUGGGACCGCUGCUCUUCAAGAGUCUGGAGGAGCACAACGAGGCGCAGUCACUGUGCAUUGCUCUGGGGAUCUGUGAGAGGUUUGUGCAGCAGCAAGACGAGUACUUCCAGGGUCAACUGGCCCACCUGAUACCCAGCUGCUUGGAGCUGUCAAAAUACAAAGCCCAGCACACAAUGCAAGUUCGGAUUGCUGCGCUGCAGUUGCUCUACGACAUUACCAAGUACCCAACAUUCGUACUGCUGCCGCACAAAGUCGAUGUGACCCUGGCCCUGGCCGCGGCUUUGGAUGAUCCCAAGCGGCUGGUGCGCAACACGGCGGUUAAGGCCAGAAACGCCUGGUACAUGGUGGGGGCGGCCAGUGAGAAUUAGUCGAGAAACAAUAAAAUUUUUGUUACUUCUUUAAAGCAAAUAAGCGA